AGACGGUCAGCCUCGGCCUCCUCAGCUUUCAUGUGAAGACACUACACGGCCAGCGAGUAACAUCAAGAGCAACAAGAAGUGCACUUGUUUUAAUAGAAUUGUACCAGAACAUGAUGUCUUUUACUACAAAAUCCCUUCCAGCUUCAUCCAUCCUCAUAUCUCGAGUUUUGCAGAAGGUUGGUGGCUCAGGAGGUCUUGGAUAUUCUAUACGAGGGAAGAAAACAAAGUAUCGCAAGCCAUUAGACCCGCACCAUGCAGAUGAAUUGCCAGAAUUUGAGUAUGUUGGUGCUAGGUCUCAGCCUGAUACCUUGAUUUAUACUUGGGGAGUUGCGGAUCAUGGAGCCCUGGGGCGUGCUUCUUUUGUACGUCCAGACCAUAAAAAUAGACAGCAGCAUUUGUCCUAUGUUCAUCAUCCUCAUAGACUUGGAUUUGGUGAAUAUCAUAAGAUUGUAGAUUUAUCAUGUGGCUAUGGCUUUACAUUGUUUGCUGUUGGUAAACCAUCUGAAGUUUCUUGCUAUGGAACUGGACUGAAUACCGACUCACAGAUUGGCAACCAUGAACCAAGAAGAGGUUAUCCUUUGGGAAUGUUAAUUAGUCCAGCACCCAUUGAGGCACCGUUAGAUAAGUCAUCAAAAGUUAUUAAGGUAUCCUCUGGAAGAGCUCAUACUGUAAUGUUGACAGAUAAAGGAGGUGUGUGGACAGUGGGAAACAAUGCUUAUGGGCAAUGUGGCAGGAGUAUCUUACCAGAUGAAGAUUAUGGCAGAAAAGCAGCUUAUCAUAGGAUCAAAGCUCUUGAUGAUAUUACAAUAUGUCACAUUGAAUGUGGACAAGAUACUAGCUUCUUUCUAAGUGAUAAAGGUGUGGUGUACUCAUGUGGCUGGGGAGCAGAUGGCCAGACAGGCAGAGGGCACUACGAUAAUGAACCUGAUGUUGGUCCUGUCGUAGGAGAUAUUGUUGGGGAAAAUAUUGUUAAAGUGUCCUGUAGAGCUGAUUGUGCUUUAGCUUUAAAUGAAAAAGGUGAAGUUUUUGGCUGGGGAAAUUCUGAAUAUCACCAGCUAAAUUCAGCGACAGAUGAUAUGCAAAUUCACGUGGCAAAGAAACUUAAUUUUCCUGGUGUAAAGAAAGUUUUAGAUGUGGCGUCUGCAGGAACCAUGUGUUUGCUUCUUGAUGAGGAUGGCCAUGUGUAUAGUUGGGGUUUUGGGCCUAUUGGCAAAGGACCAGAUGUAACAUAUUCAAAGAUUCCUACACAAUUACCUUUAACAUUGUUUGGGCGAAAUGAAAUUACACCAGAUGCUAAGGUGGUGAGCAUUACUUGUGGGAUCAACCACUUGGCAGCAGUAAACAGUAAUGGGUCUUUAUUCACUUGGGGUAAGAACCCUGGAGGCUGCCUAGGUCUCGGCCACACAAAGGACCAGUAUUUUCCACUAAGGGUCUCUAUUGGUGGACAAGUAAUAAAAGUUAGUUGUGGUGUUGAUCAUACAGCUGCCAUGGUGAAGGAAAUACUCUGAGAAGAUAUCACGUAAAAGUUUAGAGAAAU